AGCAACAAUACCACUUAUUCAACUGUCACACCAGCGAUCACCACAUAUGAUCUCGAGAGCGCUUAUACAACUGUCACGCCAGCAGUCACCACAUCUGGUGUUAAGAGCGCUAUUACCACUUAUACAACUGUCACGCCAGCAGUCACCACAUCUGAUGUCAAGAGCGCUACUACUACUCAUACAACUGUCACGCCAGCAGUCACCACAUCUGGUGUUAAGAGCGCUAAUACCACUUAUACAACUGUCACACCAGCAAUCACCACAUCUGGUUUAAAUAUAACACAGAUUACAAAUUGCAUGGGAACCUCAUGUGUACAGAAUCUCCUUGACCAGAUAGAGGGUAUUGCUGUUCUCAACAUAACGGAUGUGACCAAACUUUUGGACAUGGUCUUCAGUGCUUCAGAGAAGAUAAACACAUCAUCAGAUGACCCAAAGGAACUAGUGUCAGAUGUGUUAAAAGCCAAUGAGAAGCUUGUGUCAAUGUUGGUGAAGCCAACAAACACCUAUUCCAAUGUCAGUUUCACUCAUGCAGCUGUGGAGGCGCAAAUGUUUGUGGUUGGACCACAGGCCAACCUUGAUAAAAUCCCUCGGCUCAACACAACAAAUGCUUCUAUAGACAUCGAUCUUAUUGGGAUCGCCAGGAACAAUUCAGGAUCAGCUGCUGUGACUUUCAUGAGCUACAACACAAUGGAGGACCUACUGAUACCAGACUUCUUCAUCACAUCAGAUAACACAGUUAAAACCAUGAUGUCCACUGUCAUCUCAGCUACUCUUCCUAAAACCACCAACAAAACCCUCACCAAACCAGUCAACUUCACCCUUAAACACAGCAGAGAGAUAAACAACAGUGGUAAUCUUUCUUGUGUGUACUGGAACAUCAGUGAGUGGAUUGUAGAUGGUUGUUCUGUUGUGAAGAUCAACAGCAGCUUCACUAUGUGUUCAUGUGUUCAUCUGUCAACAUUCGCUCUCAUCAUGCAAACCAGCAGAAGCACAUCAGAGGAUAAAAGUCAGCCGAUGGAGUCGAUGAAUAUGGUGUUUGUGAUCGUGGGUCUGGUGUUUACUAGUUUAGCUCUGUUGACUUUUGCUUUCUGUCGAUGGAAACCUGGAGUGACAAAUGUAGCUCGAAUCAACCUCUGCAUCAGUCUGCUGUCUGCUCAUCUUCUGUUCUUACUCACACAACAAUUCAUCAAUCUCAUAAAACCUCACAAGGUGUUGUGUGCUGUGAUAUCAGGAGCUCUUCACUUCUUCUUUCUCUCCUGCUUUGUGUGGAUGUUCAUUGAAGCUGUGCUGCUCUUCAUCUGUGUGAAGAACCUAUCACAGAUCAGCUCCAGACAGAGGGCGAUGCUUAACAAGGGAUUCUUGAUUGUGAUUGGUUAUGCGAUUGAUUUUGUUAUAGUGGGUGUGUCUGCUGGACUGGUUCCUGAAGGCUACGGCAGUGAACAAUGCUGGAUUAAAGUGGAGAGAGGCUUCAUCUGGAGUUUUCUGGGACCUGUUUGCUUCAUUCUUGCAAUAAACAUAAUACUCUUCAUCAGUAUCUUCAUCAGUCUGAAUUUAACUCUUAAAAACGUCAACCUUGAUGUUUCACACAUGAGACAAACCAAGUAAAAAACAC